GGUAAACUAUUAAAAGGAGACAGUAUAAGGAAGAUUAUAUCAGAAGAAUGCAAGAAAUUGUUGAAGUUAUAAGGUUGUAAAAUUAUGACGGAUUUGAUAAAAUAAGAGCAUAGCUUUAAUUUUGUCUAGCUUCACUGGUGACAAGGUUAAAUCACGACAAGUUCUUGAUUAAUAUCGAAUUUGUUCCAACUGUUCCUCAUUGUUCUCUGGCUACAUUGAUUGGCCUAUGUAUAAGGGUCAAAUUAAGUAGAAGUUUAGUGUGUCCAUACAAGGCUGACAUCAAUAUUGCACCUGGCACUCACAACACAGAAGUGGAAGUGAAUAAACAAAUCAAUGAUAAAGAGAGAGUGGCAGCAGCACUGGAGAAUCCAAACCUUUCUAAAGUAGUGGAGGAGUGCCUGACAGAUCGAGACUGCUAGAUUCAAAAUUUAUACGGGAAAUGUCAUUAUUUAGAUAUUCUGCAAUAGGAUUUUGUACUUUAGUUGGCAGUGAAGUAAUUAUACGGUGUCUAAAGAACAUUUACUGUUAUUUUGUUCAUCAUAAACUAUUUGAAAAUCAUGCUAACUUUAACACUGUGACUGAGAAUUCAAUGAUGUUCAGUGAAGUUAUUUUCUUUCCUGAUUAUGGUAUUGUGUCAGAAACCCAAUAUAAAGUGCAGGACCACAGUACAAACUUUAGCUGGUCAAAGAAUGAUAAUGCACCACAGUCACAGUCUUCUGAAGGCAAGAAACCCUCUAGAAUUCCUAAUAGGGAAGACACUAAACCAUCUGCUUGUUUAAGGAAAGGUAAUGGUAAUCAAGAUGUUCAGUGGGAAUUAAAAAGAAAUGCUUUUCUCAUCCCAAAGCCUAUGUUUAACACUCAUAGCAGCACCAGUCAACAAAAGGAAGUUGUAAGUUUGAAAACAAAGAAACAAAAUAAUUUCUCAAGUGUAAGUGAAUGUAAUGGUGAGGAUAACUUUGAGUGUGACCUUAAGAGCAACCCCUUUCUAAUCCCUUGCACUCUGAACCUGACCAGCCAUCACCAUGAUGUACCAACAAGUCAUAAUGGACAAAUACAUAACACUGAAGCUAUUGAAAAUAAAAUCUUCAAGCCAUAUGGCUAUCUGAAGAGAAGCACAUCACUCAUCCAUAUAAUAAACGCUUUGGAAUCAGCCAAAAGAUCUCUAAGUAUAUGCAUUUAUGUUUUAACAUGCAAGGACCUUCUGGAUGCUGUUGUAAGAGCAAAGCAACGUGGUGUUAGAGUGAGAGUGCUUUUAGAGACAGAAAUGGCAAGUUCCAGCGAGGUUGCCAUCAAAGUCUUUCACAAACACAAUAUAUUGUUUCGAUGCAGCAAACCCGCUCUUCUUAUGCACCACAAAUUUGCUGUGAUAGAUGCUCCAGAACAACAAUUCACCGCUGCCUCUUCUGAUACAUAUGUAGAAAGGAAACAAAAACUUAUUAACAGUGAACAAUGUGAAGUAGAUCAUAAUUAUUUGAAGGAUAGAAAUCAUACAGGAUCCAUUGUACAUUCUAGACUUUCAAAUCUGUGGAAAAAGAAUGAAACUUAUAAAUUCUUCUCAAAGUUGUUCAGCCAGUGUAAGACUCCUGCAGUUAAAGCACCUCAAAAUUACACUUGUGAUGGGGUGUUGUUGACUGGAUCGUUUAACUGGACUUGGAGUGCAGUUAUCAGUAACAAUGAAAACGUCAUUAUUACCAAUCAUCCACAAUUAGUGAACAAAUUUGCUCAUGAAUUUGAGAACCUCUGGACAAAUCUGGACAGAUAACUAUACAACUGUGAUUUAUAAAAGAUUAUAAUUGAAAACAAACAUUGACAUAAGAAAAUUACUUGGUAUUAUGGAUAUGUUUUUAAGAUUUUCUGUACAUUUAUUCCCAACCGGACAAUUUUUUUCUGUUGUGUAAUUGGAGUCAUUUGCACUAUUAGUGCAUUUUCCUAUCAUGGCUCUCUUCACAUAUUUGAAUAUUGUUGGUAAAUAUUAUUGUAGUUUUUUGGAGUCUUCAACUAAUAUUAGUUGGAGUAAAUAAUAAAGAUAUUAGUUGUAAUCACCAGUAGAAAUGCUGUAGUUUCAAGAUGAAAUCACAUUAGUAACUAUGUAUGACUCAUGUCAAUAAAUUUUAGUUGGGUGAAUUAAUUUGGCAGCUUUCCUAGAUAAAAAUGGUGCCUUAAUUCAUUCUUUAGCAAAUUAUUUUUUCUUGUAGGUUGUGAAUCACAUUUUGUUUGUGUAUCACCGUUCCUGGUUGGAACUUUACUCGGUUUAUCAUUUUCACAAAAAUCCUACCACAAUCUCUUAAGUCUUUGCAAAACUAACCAUGGAGAAAAUUUCAGACACACACACAUACAGUAUAACAGACUGUAUGAUACAAAACUCAAGAUGAGGUGAGCUUCCAAUUAUAAUUCUACUCUAGUACUGUACUUUGUCAGUAAAAUAAAAGUGAGCGAGCAAGUGCUAACUGUGAGCAGUAAACCCAUCAUUGUGGAAACAUUGAUUUCAUUAUUUCAAUACCAUUGGGAUUACAAUCAGCAGCUUAUCAGUCUUUUUGUAAGGAUUAAUGAAGAUGAGUAAUUCAAAAUCUUUUAAAAUAGAUCAUUCCAAUUGUCUUUGAAGCAUUUUACAGAGAGUUCAUUUCAAAAAACUAAGUAAUAGGUCAGUUGACUCGUGUACAUAUGUUUAUUAUUGAAUAAAAUGGGCCAUAACUAUUUC